AUUUUCUUCCAGCCAGAGUUUGUAAUCUGUAGAAGGGGCGAAACGCCUUGAAAAGGUCCUUCUGCAGUUGUCAAAUUUCCUUUGAAAAUCAAAACAAAAGGAAGACAAAAUGGGUCGCCGUCCCGCUCGUUGCUACCGCUACUGCAAGAACAAGCCGUACCCCAAAUCCCGGUACUGCCGUGGUGUUCCUGACCCGAAGAUUCGCAUCUUCGAUCUCGGUCGGAAGAAGGCUGGUGUCGAUGAGUUCCCUCUGACGGUUCACCUGAUCUCCGAUGAGCACGAGCAGAUCUCCUCGGAAGCUCUUGAGGCCGCCCGUAUCACGGCCAACAAAUACAUCGUCAAGAUGGCGGGUAAGGAUUCGUUCCACAUGCGUGUCCGUGUCCACCCCUUCCACGUCACCCGUAUGAACAAGAUGUUGUCCUGUGCCGGAGCCGAUCGACUCCAACAGGGUAUGCGUGGUGCUUUUGGAAAGCCCCAGGGUCUGGUUGCCCGUGUCAGCAUUGGUCAGGUCUUGCUCUCUGUCCGAACCAAGGACAGCAACAAGGCUGUUGUCACUGAGGCCCUUCGUCGUGCAAAGUACAAGUUCCCUGGUCGCCAAAAGGUGCUUGUGUCCAACAAGUGGGGUUUCACCAAGCUUUCGCGUGAGGAUUACGUCGCUGCCCGCCAGGCUGGUAUGCUUCAACCCGAUGGUUGCUAUGUCAAAUACCUUGCGGAGAAGGGCCCCCUUCAGGCUUUCUUCGACCGCCAAGAGAGACUGGCCGCUUAAUUUUGGCAAAAUAUUGUUGUAACCAAUAAAUAUGAGCACGUUGUCUUCCUCGUAAAUGCAUCGUAAAUGUUGUGAUUUUUGUGAAAUGCUCGAAGGACUGAGCAGAG